UUUAAGUUUAUAACAUAGCCGCCAUGACAGCUGAUGCCUCUCGGUGCACUUGACGUUUCAUCAGAACAUGUCAUUUUGUACAUUUAAUUUCAACAAAUGGCAGACUCUUUUUUCGGUUUCGACACAACGCUCUUAGAUGGUAUAGAAGAUGGGCUUGAUUGCCCAUUGGAGGAGGAUGAUUUUGGUGAGGAGGAAUAUGAUGCAUUAAACGAUGAAACCUUUGGUUCUGAAGCUACCAUUGGAGAUUGGGAGAAAGAUCAUGAGAAACUUGCAGAAAUUACAGAGUCUAGUAGGUCGCAGCAUAAAAAUGCUUCUGAUAAAAAGAAUGGUAUCAGUGUCAACAUCGAAGAUAGUUUAUCGCAUUUAGUAUUAGAUGAGAAAGAAGGAAUUGUACCUAAACCAGGUGUAUGGGAUAGUCCUAAUAUACCAUUACCUAAACCUCGACCACCCCCUUCUUUGGCAACUACCUUAAAAAAUGUAUGUACAGUGGAAGAACUGGAACGGGGUCUUAUCGCUAAUAGACCCCCACCUGGUCUUACAAAACCAUCUCAACUGCAACAACAAAAGCCAGAGGGGUCAUUUAUUUUUGAAGCUUUAUCAUUAAAUGACAAGCUUCAAAUCAAUGGCCUACCUACUUCUCGAUUUCCACCAGGAUUAGGUUUACCUGGUCCACAUCCUAUGGUUAUGCCACCAAAUUUAAGAUUACCGCAUUCACAAUUUAUGCAACAUCCUAGAUUAUUAUCUAAUCAACCUGCUAAUGUAUUGCGGUAUCCUUUACCACCACAUGUUAUGCUACCGCAAGGAACACCAAGACAGCCAAUUCAUGGACCAUUUACUAGUAAUUUUCAUCAUCCACCUCAUCCUAAUUUAGGACCUCCACAGUUCCUUCGUCAAGAUCAUCCAAUGAUGCCACCAUUUUCUAGUAAUCAAGCUGGUCACCAACAACAUUCUUUUCCACAUCCUGGGAAUCAAAGAAACCAAAAUAGAUUAUUUUAUUCCAAUGAACAACAAGGAAAUCAUCAGCCAUUUUUUAAGAAUAAUCAAUAUCUUCAUCGUAAUCACGAUAGAAAUAAUCAAAGAUAUUAUCACUAUCAACAUCACAAUCAUCCUCAAGGUAUAAAUGGUUUAAAUAAUUCUGGAGAAUAUGACGAGUAUGCUGGUCUUAUGAGUAGCAGAGAAAAACAAUGGUUGAUCAAUAUUCAAUUGCUACAAUUAAAUACAAAUCAACCAUAUGUUGAUGAUUAUUAUUAUACGGUAUUUUGUGAUAGACAAAAUAAAUUAAAUGCAAACCAAGAUCAGAAAGAUAAAAAACAUAAUAAUAACAAUGGAUUUCAAAAAGAUUCUAGAAAUCGCGAACAACCUCAACAUGUUGCAUCAAAAGUUGUAUAUAUCCCAGCACAAUUUGAGAAUUCAUUAGGGAAGCUGCAAUUUAGUAGUGUUACUGCGCCUCGUAAAAUUAUCGAUAUGGAUGUUGUUCCCAAUAGUGAUCCACAUUCAACUCUGCAAUCUCAACAAAAAGACACCAAAAAGACGAGACAAUUGUUUCUUGAAAUUGAAAGGAUGUAUACAAUACUGUUGAAAAUUGAAGAUUUAAAUAAUCCCUUAGCUGUGCUUUCGGAACAACAACAACAGGAUAGUGAAACAGAAACAAACAUUGUUAAAAAAACAGGUGCUGAACUAAUCUGCAUGAUGUUAACGUCUAUUUCCCAGCUAAUACAAGAUGACAAAAUAGCUAGUAUGCUUAGUAUUCGUAAAGGAAAAACAUUGCUAUUGAGAUUUUUACCUCUUUUAAAUGUAAUCGAAUACAAUAGCCAGUUGGAAGGUUUAUGGACCUGUAUAUUGAGAAGUUUAGCAAUUAUAGGUCGUAGAGAUACACAUUUAUUGACAAAUUUUUAUGCCGAGUUUCGAAGGUGGCUUGACACUGUACAGGAUUUUAAUACAGUACUACGACUUACAAGAGCAUUAUCCGAAUCUGCUACUCAACCUGUGAAAAAUAAUAGUUUAGUUUUUGCUCUCGUAAAUAAGUUUGGUGUAUCUGUAUUAGCCGCACUUUUGGAACGCGCAGAGAAGUUAUAUCCUACAAAUGAAACUUUAUCUUCUGAUUGGUCCAAUUUUAUAAUAACUCUUGUUGAACUAAUUGGUGAUACAUCACCUUGUGUAGCUCCCUGUCAACCAGUUGCUGCAAGUACACUUAAUCAACAUUUAAGUCGGAUUUCCAGUUUAAAAAUUGACAGGUAUAGAGUGUUAGAACUUUUGUUAACUGAUGCCAACUCUUCACGAUAGUGUGAUAUUACUUGUUUUUGACGAUUUUUUAAAAGUUUGUUUUUCAAAAUGCAAAAAGUAAUAUAGACUUGCAAAAUA